AUGAGCGCAUCGAAGGACCUUUCGAGCUACCUGGAGAACCUAUGGAGGCACAUACCAACUAUCCCCCCCACCACUGGCAAGACAGGCAUCCAUGUGACCGAAGCCGGCCGCGUCGAUAUCGACUGGGACUCGAAGUUCGUGCGUGGAUUUUCAAUCCUCUCCACUGGACUUUUCUUGGGACGACCUACUACCCCACCACCUGAAUACUCUGAGUUACCGACACAGAAUGCCGAUAGCCCGUCCGUGGGUCCUGAACAUACGUCAAUAUUCCCCGAACCUAGCACGGAAAACAGAAAAGCUUGGCAGGCCAAAUUGAACAUCGUGAUCCAAGUCGUGGGAAGUCGUGGGGAUGUUCAACCUUUCAUUGCCCUCGGAAAUGAACUUACGCAAUACGGACACCGCGUGCGCCUCGCCACACAUGAUGUGUUCGAAGAUUUUGUGAGAGAUUCGGGAUUGGAGUUUUACCCAAUUGGAGGUGAUCCAGCAGAGCUUAUGGCAUACAUGGUGAAAAGCCCCGGACUCAUCCCUAGUAUGAAAAGCCUACGAACAGGUGAAAUCCGUCGCAAGCGCAUCAUGAUUCGGGAAAUGCUUGACGGGUGCUGGAGCUCAUGUAUAGAGCCGGAUAUGGUAACAAACCACCCAUUUGUGGCCGAUGCCAUCAUCGCCAAUCCGCCAAGCUUUGCACAUAUCCAUUGUGCUCAAGCACUCAGCAUUCCAGUGCACCUGAUGUUCACCAUGCCUUGGAGCACUACAAAAUCUUUUCCACACCCAUUGGCAAAUAUGAACACCGAAGAUGCACAGUACGGUUUGAAAAACCAGGUCUCCUACGAUAUUGUUAACUGGCUUACAUGGCAAGGUGUGGGUGAUGUGAUCAAUGGGUGGCGGAAAGAUCUUGACCUUGAUGAAGUGGCCACGUUUGAAGGCCCUCAUCUUGCCGAGUUACUGAAAGUCCCCUUCACGUACUGUUGGUCCCCAGCCCUCGUCCCAAAACCGUUGGAUUGGCCGUCUCAUCUUGACGUCUGCGGUUUCUUUUUCCGUGACCCCCCACAAUUCGAACCUCCGUUAGAUCUCCAGGUCUUUCUUUCAUCCGGGCCCCCACCAAUAUAUAUUGGGUUCGGAAGCAUUGUACUCGAGGACCAGAUAGGAAUUACAGCAACCAUUCUCGAAGCGGUGAAUGCUGCCGGCGUUCGGGCUAUCAUUUCUAAAGGCUGGUCAAAUCUGAGCGGAACGAAUACCGAUAAGAUUGCCCCCCAUGAGUGGCUUUUCCAACAUGUGGCGGCAGUAGUGCAUCAUGGAGGCGCUGGAACGACAGCCUGUGGCUUGCGGAAUGCCAAACCAACAAUCAUUAUCCCAUUUUUCGGAGACCAGCCAUUCUGGGGAACUAUGGUUGCUGCAGCGGGCGCUGGUCCUAACCCUAUCCCUCAUAAGGACCUUAGUGUUGAUACUCUGGCUGAAGGGAUAAGGUAUUGUCUUACAGAACAAGCAACUACUGCAGCCUCCACAAUUGCGAUAAGGAUGGGUUCAGAAAUUGGCGUUCAAGCAGCAGUGUCUUCCUUUCAUCGGCACCUUCCAUUGGAGCUCCUUCCAUGUGAUAUAUGUCCAGGACAAACAGCAGUGUGGUCUUACUCUACAGGCGACAGGAAAGUAAAAAUCUCAAAACUGGCAGCAGCGCAGUUGAUCGCUCAGGAUCUGCUCGAUCCAAAACAACUCAAAAUGCAUGCACUCAAUCCCAUUAUCAUCGAGAAUCGCCGGUGGGACCCCAUCACAGGCGGUGCCUCUGCGGUUUUAGGGACGACAACAGACCUCACUGCUUCCAUUUUAGGAUUGUUCUACAAACCCUUUGAGGAGUAUCAAGACUACCAAGUCAGUCACAGAGAUCGGCCCUUGAGUAGCAAAUCUAGUCAAACUACGAAAGGGUCGAAAUGCAGCUCUACCGGAGAUCGCUCCCUGCAGAUGACAAAGGAGGCACCUGACAAUAUACCCAGUCCGUCCAACAAUAAUAGAGCUUCCGCAGCGAACUCGUUGUCCAGCUCAGGAAGUUCUUCGAGUCGUCAUAGAGCCAGGCUUGCAGGGAAGAUGGCAGGGGCCUCAAUAAUGAGUGUUGCUAACUUCGUGCCGACUGCGCUGAAGGGGAUGACCGUGGACAUCCCGCUCGCUAUGACCGAGGGAAUGCGCAAUAUACCUCGGCUCUAUGGCGAAGAGCCACGGGAUCACGGUCCCGUUACUGGGAUCAAGAGCGGCUUUGCUCUUGCUGGCAAAGGUUUCGCGUGGGGGAUGGCUGAGGCCGUGAGCGAUUUGGUCGUGAAGCCAUACGAAGGCGCCCGAAAGGAUGGCGCAAAGGGAGCUGUCAAGGGUGUUGGCAAGGGUAUAGCAAACAUGACGUCUAAAGCGGGUUGUGCCACGUUUGGUGUAUUAGUAUAUCCCAGUGCCGGUAUUGCGAAGAGCCUGAAAUCAGCAUUCUAUACCGGGACGAGGAAAAAGAUUCUCAAGGCGCGCCAUGCCGAGGGAACAUGGCUGUUAGAGAAUGGUGGACUUGACGGAAUGAAUAGCGACAUUUCCGCAUUCCAAAGGGUGGUAAAGGGUAAGAACACCUGA